AUGCAACCAGAGCCUGCAGCAGUUUUCGAACGGACACCCCCAACAGAGCCAUCCCUCGACGACUCGCACCAUUCUACCCAGCAUGGACAUGAUUGUUAUGUCGACUCUGGAGUCUCUGACUUUCAGCAUGAGGUCGGAGUCUCUGAAACUGCCCCCGACUUGCUGCCCCUGAACGAUCUGCCGGACCCCUUCACGCCACUGGUUGACCGAGUCACUCAAUAUGAGAAUGAAAUGGCCCGGACGUCUAGGAGACAAGGGAAGGUUGAAUUCAAAGUGGUGCCGUCGCCGACUCAGUCAAGCUUAUCCCUAGAGAUUUUCCCAAACGAGGUGUUGACCCAUAUUCUCUCGCAUCUGCCACCGCAGUCGCUGUCAUCGAUCGCACUACUGUCGCGCCGCUUUCACGGCUUAGUUACUACCCCUCAUGCCUGGCGCAGCGCAUUUUCACGCUACUUCCCUGGCCCCUAUGCCACCGAAAAUGGAGCCCGGCUCUCUGGGCAAAACAACCCAGAGAAUUUGGCUUCGGAUAAACGCUUUUUCUCCAGGCUCAGUGCCCUUGCAUCUUGGCGAUCUGAGUACAUUCUACGUACGCGCCUCCUUAGAUCUCUUUCCAGAGGCAAGCCGGCUUCAUUUGAGCCUUCCAGGAAGCAAGGGACUGUGCGCACCGCAAACGUACGCAAUGGCAGUGCGGUGGUGACCUACUCGUCACAACUUUUGUAUCCUGUCAGUCACUUGCAUGGAUCAUUUGGACCAGAAGUUGCCAAGAAAGAGCCUCUUUUUAUCCAUGGGGCUUCGGAACAGGGGAUUUCUUCUGCUAGCGACCCAUCAACAGUUAAAGUUGGCACAUGGGGUUUAGCGGAUCACCAGCUAUUUCGGCACUUUACGGAAUUGCAUCCCGGCGAAGCAGAGUAUGGACUGGGCCCUGGUAAUAUGGUUGGCCUGCCUAAUCAGAUGGAUGUAAGCCAACCCUAUGGCAUGAUCUACGGCGAGGGUUGCCCACAAGGGCGUAGCUACUUCAUCUCGUCCACUGAACAGCGCGGGCGAUUCCUGGACCUUGCUGAGCCCAGCUCGCAGCCCCACCUUGGGAUCCCUGCCUUGAAUAUGAUUACAACGGCGGUUACUGCUGUUUGGAUUGUAAAGACAUCUCAUAUCCUCAAAAUGACUGGGGGCUUGGUGGCGAUGCUAUCCGGGACGUCCUCCGGGGUACUCACCGCAUUCGCACUUGGUCCGCAUCCGUCGUAUGAAAAGCGAUUCGAGAGAGGACAGGUGACUGCCAAAUGGGUCCUUUGUCCGGGAGUACCCAUCGUUGCGAUUGUGGUUGAUGACAACUAUUCUCCUAAACGUCAUGCCCACCGGCGUAUCUGGGCAACAGUUCUUAAUGCCUUAGGCGAGGUCUUUUACCUCUCGGAUUUGCCGCAGCAACCGGACGUUGUGCCGGCGAAAAUGAAUACGGCACAGCUUGAUGCGUUGGCUUGGAAAACCGGCAGGAGUGUUCAUUGGGAUCUUCUUGAACUAAGCAGACGAAAGUCUAGACCAGACCCUUACAGUCGAGAGCCUGUUGAUGGCAGUUAUAGUCCUAAGUCCUCGUCUGAUUCCAUGAAGCUUAAUGCCGACCAGGUUGCUGCGGAAACCAAAGAGAUUGAACAAUUCCUCUCGUUCAAACCGAAACAUUUUCGGAAGGUCUGUGAGGGAUGGGAUAUGAGACGUGAUAUGAAGGUCGAUUUUGCCGGUGAUGAUGGUUAUGGUGCUGGUGAGGCCAUCGUCGUUAUCGCUCGGGGUAUUGGCAAAAAUGAAAAAACCUCGAUUCGCCGUUACACUCGGAAAGUGUCUAAGCUAGACCUUCCUCCGUCCGCUGGGGACAACCACUCUCAAUCUGCUAGUGGGGUUGCCUCAUCCUCUCUUUUUGGCGGGCGUGUAACUCCGUCAACGCCGUCCAACGCCGGAAGUACAAGCGCCCCGCCAUCUAGAGCAUCCUGCCGCUUCGACGAUCUAGUGUGUUCUCUUUCAAAUACAGAGUGGCAUGUGUCAGACUUCGUUUUUGGUGACCGGAAAGCUGUCCAAAUCACGACAUGCGCCUUGGAUCUUUCUAAUUACGCGUUAGUGACCGCCAACGAGGACCCCCUCUUGGGGAUGUCGGGCCGCUCGACAGCCUCAUCGGCCAUGUCCUCUCCUCUCCCGCAUAUGAACCAACCAUCUUCGCACUCAGAGAUUCCUGGUCAGCGUGGGCGUUACAUGGCUGUUGGUACUACAACGGGAUUGGUCAUCGUCUGGGAUGUACGAUCCCCGACGGCAAAGAAUCCUGAUGUGAUCAAUUCCGUGAAUCCCGUACGCAUCAUUCAGACAGAUUCCCCGCAAGUCUCCUGCGUCGCCCUGUCGUCUCUAUACCUAGUGCAUGGUGGAAACGAUGGGCUAGUGCAAGCUUGGGACCCUCUGGCAUCGGUAACCCGCCCAAUUCGGACCAUAAACUCUCGGUUUUCAUCUCGCGCUCGCCGCCGUCUGAUUCAAGCGGAAGCGUCUCUUCACGGAGUGGGCAGCAAUUACUAUGCAGCCGGGGCCAUGUGCCUCGAUCCAGACCCGACUGUUCUCAGAGGAAUGGUCGCACUUGGGACGCAUUUGCGCUACUGGUCCUACAGUUCGACCACUGCAGACCAAUACAAACCCAGUAAGCGUCGACAUCGACGCGGGAUGAGAGGCGAUAACUCCUCGCCCGAAGGUCAGCGUUUCAAUACCAGUGGUCGCGGAGCCAUCCGAGACUACAUCGAGGAUGAAAAGGUGGAAAUGGAACGGCAGGCGGCGGAGGAUGAAAAGGAGAAGGCACACCUGAGCAACCGGUUUGGGAUUGAUCUCUUGGGCUCCGAUGUCAGCGAGGAGCAAGUUAUCGCAUACGCACAGCUGUUAAGCGAGGAGGCAUUUGCCUGUGAGGCGCUCAAACGUGGCGAUAUAGAUGCCCCUAGCUCUGUCAUUAGUACUUCAUCCUCCGGCGAGACAGUUGGACGACAUGAUAGUUCAUUUGCCCCGGAUGAGCAUUCCUCUUGCUCGUCUCCGUACGAAAACCCCAUGGAUGACAAUCUUUCCCCUGACAUCGCUGAAGCCAUUCGACUGAGCUUACUUGACGAGGGUCAGAACUCUCUGGAUUCCACUGAUGUUACCGAAAAUUCCUUGUUCUUCGAGUCGGCCGUUGGCGAAAGCAGUCACCAGCAAGAACUCAAUGAUCUCGAGUUUGCUAUCCAACUGAGUCUUGCAGAGACUCGGUCGCAACAGCAGGAGGACUUCCCGUCGCUUACACCAUCCAGGUCUCCGGAUAAGGGCACAGCGAAGGGGAAGUGUCGGGCCUUGUAG